AAGCAGGCUCGGCGUCGUCAGUGGGGAACGGGAGCUCCACCUCGCUGUUGAGGGACACCGAGACCUGCUCCCUUUGCGCCACAGGGUGCAGGUGAGACCAAAGAAGAUAGACCCAUCAUGGCUGUUCCCAUAGCAGUUCUUGAUUGUGAUCUCUUGCUCUAUGGUCGUGGUCAUAGGACACUUGACCGCUUCAAAUUGGAAGAUGUCACGGAUGAGUAUCUUCUGUCUAUGUAUGGUUUCCCACGUCAAUUUAUUUACUAUCUGGUGGAUCUUCUGGGUGCCAAUCUUUCUCGCCCUACCCAGCGAUCAAGAGCCAUCAGCCCAGAGACACAAAUUCUUGCUGCAUUAGGUUUUUACACUUCUGGUUCUUUCCAGACUCGCAUGGGAGAUGCUAUUGGCAUAAGCCAAGCCUCUAUGAGCCGUUGUGUUGCUAACGUUACUGAGGCUCUGGUGGAGAGGGCCUCUCAAUUCAUUCAUUUUCCAGAGGAUGAAGUUUCAUUGCAGCAUCUGAAAGAUGACUUUUAUGGGUUAGCAGGUAUGCCAGGGGUACUAGGACUGGUUGAUUGCAACCAUGUAGCGAUAAAGGCACCCAAUGCUGAGGACUUGUCCUAUGUCAAUCGAAAGGGCCUUCAUUCUUUAAACUGCUUGGUGGUGUGUGAUGCCAGAGGAACGCUACUAAGUGCAGAAACACACUGGCCAGGCAGUUUGCAGGACUGCAUGGUGCUGCAGCAAUCAGCCCUGAGGAACCAGUUUGAAGCUGGGAUGCACAAAGAUGGCUGGCUACUUGGUGAUAGUUCUUUUUUCCUUCGGACUUGGCUGAUGACCCCUCUGCAUAUCCCUGAAACCCCUGCAGAGUACAGAUAUAACAUGGCACAUUCAGCCACCCACAAUGUAAUUGAGCGAUCAUUCAGGACACUUCGAUCCCGUUUCCGCUGUCUGGAUGGGACAAAGGGAACCCUGCAAUAUUCUCCAGAGAAAGCCAGCCACAUCAUCUUGGCUUGCUGUGUUCUUCAUAACAUCUCUCUUGAGCAUGGAUUGGAUAUAUGGUCUUCCUCAACAAUGGGACAGAUGGAACAGCCAGAGGAAGAAUAUGAGCAUAUGGAAUCACUUGACUCUGAAGCCUAUCGGGUUCGGCAGGAGUUACUGCUCACUCAUUUUAGUUAAUAUGAAGAGACAUACCAAGUUGGAUUUAAGAAAAAAAUGUGGAAGUAAACACAGUAAAUCCCAAUAUCCCUUAGCAUUUCAUCAGCAGAAAGCAAAGGAGACAUGAUUAUUCACAGGUACUACGAGAACAAACCCACUUGAAAUGGUCAAUUUGUUUUUGAAGAAUAUUUUGCAACUAACAGGGUAUCUUGGUUUCUUUGUGCAUGUUGUGUCUGAGUCCAUGAAUGCUGAACAUAUUCAGUACAUUCUUAUUUUUAAUGAUCUGCCUUACUAGAGGAUAGAGAGGAUGAUUAUCUUGGUAAAAUGUUAAAUGUGUAAGCAUUGUAAGUUGUAAUGAAAAGCAUAUUAUGUACGAGAUAGUCAGAUUCUAAACAGCUGAAUUCAGAUUGCUAAGCAAAAGUUAUUGCAGACUUGACUUAGACAUUGUGAUAAAUUACAUAGACAUUCCUUUUUUCUGCUACAUAAUUUACUUCCUUUGUCUGCCUGUAUUAAUCCAGGAGUAGCUGCAUUUGUGAAGGGGAAAGACACAGAAUGCUUUGUUUCACCUACAAAAUUACAGUAUUGGUACUGAAGUAUAUUUGAUUUCUCAAAAGGUAUAUAAAAGUAUUUACAAAUGCAAAUUCAAAGGGGGGGAGGUUGAAGUGUCUCUGAAUAAGAACAUUAAUUUGAGAUGGCAAAUAUAGAUAGGGAAAUGAAUUCAAAACUGAUUGCAUUGAUUUGAAAAGUAAUGAGAAUAAUAUAGAUUUAAACUCUAUUCUCAGCAUAAGAGAGCUUCUUUAGUAUUAACAUAGGAAUCUACAAAUUUAAAAUGACACAUGGGUAAUAACAAGAAUUGGGAAGAGGAAUAGAGGGAAGAAUAUGCAAUUACUUUAGUUGUACAUACUUAGGGUAGUUAAGGGAAGUUAUUGGAGUGGGUGUUGCUCCAAGGGUUUUAUGGGAAAGGGGGUGCUGAAGAGUGAUUUGAUAUUUAAACUUAGGGAAAUAACUUUGGAUAAUCACAUUCAAGUAUCAUCUACUAUUUCUCAUGAACAUUUUUUCCAUUGUAAAAGGCUUAACCCAUUCUAGGGCCUCCUGAACUUUUGGGCCUUGGUAAGUACCCACCUUUUAAAUUACAUUUUUAUACUUUUCUGCCAAAGCACUGAAGGUUUUUUACAACUUAAAAUAAUGGCUUGCUGUUUACAAUAUAUUUUUCACAUUGUUAAGACACUAUAAUUACUUGAUAGUCUGAGAACUGAGGAGAUAAAUACCAAAUCUGGAUGAAAGUACAUGAUUAUUUGUCAUCAUAAUACAGAAAUUUCAGCUUCCAGGCUGUAGGACUCAUUGCACAUUUCCCAUGAAACAAAUACUGAUAAAAUAGUGGAUAUGAUUUCAACUUUAAAGUGUGGGGAAGGUUCUGUAUUAGAUAAUAAAAACAAUGUGUUUGGUCCUGUGUUACUGAUACAUAGAUAGGAACAGGAAAAGGAAGAACAGGUUGGUGGUCUGCUUUGUGGUCCAGUUAAGACAUAGUAAAAUACACAUCUUUAAGUGAAAGUUCUUAUGGGUUAGUUUCCUUAUUUUAUUAUGGUCUAGCUUGAGGUCUACAGUUUGAAUGCCUUGGUAACUGGCUCCCCUUCCCCUACACAGAAAUUGAAACACAGUCAAACACUAUGUAUGAAAAUUAACGAAUAAAAAUAGUAUCAACAAACCCAUAACUAUAAUAUACCAUAAGUUUUAAGCAACACACUUCCUUCCAAUUAGAUGUGUCAAUAUGACUUGGAAUCCUUUAGCCUUAGUCAUGGGUAAACCAGCAAUGCAGACUGUUAAUGUAUGCAGAAGAAAGGCGUAUUUUAUUGGUCCCUGCAUUUGAUAUGCAUCAUGCUGCACCCAAUGAAGUAUGUGUUAAUUGAUGUUAGAUCACUCAGUAUCAGAGAACUGAACAGGCAAGGAUUGUGUCAAACAUAUCCCAAAAUGCAUUUUAUUUAUUUUGUCUAAUAGAAUUAAAUGGAAGUUAUUGAGGAUUGCAAUGGAAGUUAUUUACAUUGUCUGUCCACCUCAUCUGCACAGCUCUGCCCUGAGUUUUCUUCCCUGAUUAUGAUAGCUAGAGUGAUGUGUUUUAAUUGUUUGCUGCUCACAUUGCUGAUUAUAGUUUAUUUUGCCAUUUUAUGAUGUUUUAUUGUAAGCUAUAAUAAACAUAAAGUGAUAUACGAUCAAA